AUCUGAACUAAGGUCAUCAGACUAGGAACAUGAAGCUUCUUUCGUUGUCAAUUGUUAUUAAUUGCGCCUUACAAUUGCAAAAUGUCGUUGGCUAUAAUACUGCAAAGUGUGAUGAUCGCAGAAGUAAUGGUGGCGCUUGUCGAAAACCCCCCGAAGACAGAUGGACCUUUGAGAAGAUUCACCGAAAAUGCGUGGAAAUAGAUUUCUUUGGAUGCCCAGGCACGAAAAACAUCUUCAACUCUAAAAGCGAAUGCGAAAACACCUGUUUAUGAUGUAUUAGUUUACUGAUCAGCCCACCAGUUCCAAGGUGAAUUGAUUUGAUUGCAUGUUCUUAUUCCUGUACCACGUGUCGUAUGCGUAAUAAGAGUAUUAAUUAACUCGGA